AAUUAAUUAAUUAUGACAAGGCUUUAUUAAAAGAUGAGAAUAAUUAUUACCUUUACAAGGAUAGUUGGAUAGAACACCUUAAUAGGCAUGGAUAUUCAGUCUAUGGUAUAGAUCUGCAGGGUCAUGGACGAUCUGAUGGAUAUGGGAAUUUAAAGGCUAAUGUAAAAGAGUAUGACGAUAUGGUGUAUGACGUGAUACAGUGUGUUCAUGAAAUUCAUGACAAACAGAGUUCAUAUGCUGAUAAAUGUGAAGAUUUAUCAUCAUCUAAUGACGAAACUUGUGAAGAGGUCCCCUCAACUAGUAACACAAACCGUGGUACAUUGUUAUGUGUCAAAGGAACAGAAGAAGAAUCAGAACCUCCUGCCAAAAGAGAAGACGAAUUGUCAGACAGCAGAAAGAAUGAUAAGUCGUCAGGCAACGGGGGGAAUGAUAAAUCAUCAAGCAACAGCAAAAAUGAUAAAUCGUCAGGCAGGGGAGAAGAAGACAAAUCGUCAAAAAGCAAUAGCAGUGAUAAAUCGUCAAUCUCCCCAGAAAGUUAUAAAUCAUCAGGCAGAAAAGGAAGGGAUAAGUGGUAUAGUAGUGCAAAGGACGAUGAAUCCGGUAGUAGAAAAAUUAGUGAUGCUUCUGAUAGAAAACGGAGAGAUGCAUCUAGUGGGCAAAUAGGUGAUAAAUCGAUUAAUAAAACAAGCGCUACUAACUUACUACCCAUUGCCGAUACGGGGACUGACGUCCUUUUAGAUGAA